AUGGAUAAUUAACCCUUAGAAGAAAUGAGUUUAGAAGAUAUUCGCAAAUAAAUUAAUGAAUAAUCUUUUCUUGGAAAAUUUAUCAUUUAAGAUGUUGAGGAUAUCAUCCCCUUUGUUUGCAUAGUUUACAACAAUAAGUAUCCUGGAUUCUAUUUUGAAUCAAUCUACAAUCAUUUUAUAAGAUACUCAAAUAAAGCGAGAUCCUCCCUGUGGUUAUCAUUUAAUGAUUAACCCAUUUAGUGGCAUAUUCCUUUCUUUGUACAAAUAGAUAGAAUUAAUGAGGAGGUAGAAAUGGUUGUUCAUUUUAAAAAAAGACCAGAAAAUGUAUUACCUAUUUCUGAGAACAUUUAAGUUGAUAUCAAAAAUAGAUACUUUUGGAAUCUAAAAUAGGCAUGCAUGAUUAGGUAUGGUCAUAAAUGGGAACGAUAAAUCUUCUAGACAAUUACUAUAGAAUAAUAGUAUAAAAUGUUCCAAAACUAUUCUGACCAUAAUUAUAGACCUCAAUUUUAUGAAUUCUUUGACAAAAUCUGGGAUUUAACCAUGUUAAAGAAGGAAUAAUAACUCAGUAUUCCAAUUAGGAUAUUUAUUGAUGGAAAUAUGAUUUAAAGAUCCCAUGUCUUAAAGGACGCGAAAGAAACUCUGUAAAAUGUUUUAUAACCAAUUUUUGAAGAUAGUUUGAAUUAUAAUGAAUUAAAUGUCAAUGUCUUAGGUUUAUAGGUAAAUUUGGAUUUCCCAGUCAGAUUAUUAGUGUCAACAUUCAUCAACCCAGAUGGAUUUUGUUAUAUUAUUAUAAAAUGA